AUGAAGAUUGAAUCGAUCCUCAACCAGUCCACGGGGCUAGGGCCUAGUGUGGAAAGCAAUGGGAACAGAACAUCGCCAUCUGGUUCGAAUAAUGGUCCAGAGGGGCCUUAUUUCUCGCUACCAACUCCUUCUCCAGAAUGCGCACCCUCUAAAACAGCCAGUGGACAACCAGACAGUCGAACCCGGACUCCCUGGGAUGCAGGCGGCUACUCUCUACCCAGAGAACCCAGCUCUAACACUUCCUCGCGACCGUCCUUCGCUUUUCUCUCACCGAGAGACCAUAGGGACACUGCGAGACCUACCGAUGCAUCAGCCGAUUCCAAUUACCACUCCCGACGGAUGUCUAUGGAAACAUCAACAACUGCGGUGUCUCCCGGCGUCGCAACGCCUUACUCUUUACCAGUUCGUGAAGUCCGCCCUUCACAUCACGCAAGGAGGAUCUCUUCUAUAUCAACCAUCAAUGGGAGCCACCACUUGGGUUCUGGAAUCGCCGACUUGGAGGCUAAACUGGAACGUCUCCCGAGACUGACAGCACCUCCGCCACCAGCUGCCCCUACACCUUCUCCCAAGCCAGAGGUCCAGUUGCCCCGAGCUGCUGCAGCAACACCCGCUGGGUCAUUAUCCUCCAGCAGCCCAUCUGACUCACUCUUGGAGGCUCGGAUGAUGAAGCGUAGGCGUGGUCAUCUAUCUCAAGACCAAAGCAACUUCAGGCCCAGAGACCACUUCUUGCAUUCUUUGGACCGUGUCCAUAAGCGUACCAUCUCUGCACCCAACCCCCCUCAAAGCUCUGCUUUAGCUUUCGCUCGCAUCCCUACGACUUUGCCGUCGCUCGCAUCCGGGCAUUUCGAGGCAACAUUGUCGCCAUCGCCUCGCCUCAGCAUCACUCAUCAACGUGCAGGUUCCGAGCACAAUCAGUGGUGCCGCCUGAAAGAGAUCUCUCCAGCUGCUAGUAUGGCCACGAGGUCUCCUUCGCGUGAGAUUCACGAUAACGAGAGAACCAUGUCCGCCAACGAGAUUCAAGCUGCUUCUCGCGGUGCUAUGCCUCAAGCUGGCCCCAACGAUCGCGUCCUCACAGCUUGCCGCCGCUUCAGAAAGGUGGAAGUGAACAAGCCUCUCGAAGGAGGCGAUAUUUGCAUGGCAGUCGAGAACUGUACCACAAGUUCCGUCCCACGAAAGGUCAUUUCCCACCUUUUUGGUCGCAACAAGGUCUGCACUCGCCGCAUCCCUGAACGAGUCUGGGUUUGCAUGUGCCGCAAGCAUUACCAACGAAUGCGAUACCGCAAGGGUGCAGACUUUAGCGUGACGCAGAUCGGGAUGGUCUAUGAGCAGAUUGUUCGCAUGAUCUUCUGGAGCCGAGGUUUGGAAAGCGCCAACAGAGUCAACCAAGAGGCCAUUACCAUCCGAUCUUGGACAUUUUCGAUCCGCAAGCGGGAGCUUAAGCGACUCGUUGACACCAACGGACGGGACCUUGUGCCUCGAUGGAUUGUUCAGAGCCUUGGAGAUGGCAAGACUCAUGACGAGAUCCUCGAUAUUGUUGAACGCCUCCACCAUGAGAUUCAACAAGGUAUCCUGAAGGAUGUCCCCCCUGUGGAGUUUCUUCCCGAAGUUGUCGACGCCUACACCAACGUUCCUGCCCAGCUCUCCACUCACAUCAACCACGAGAGUUCCAAUGAGGUUGACGCGUCAGCCAUCAACCGGCCUGGUCGCCUGGGACAGCUUGGAGAGGCGACAGAGUCUCCCAUCUCUUUUGUCAAGGACUCUUCACCCCUCGAACCGGUCCAAGAGGAAGGGUCCAUGAGCGAGCGCAGCAGCGAGACCUUUUCGUCGCCCACUCCCCCCGCGACUUUUGACGAUCGCCAGUACGGGCUCAGGCCUGGUCAUCACAACCAGCAGCAGGCCGAUGAUGCACGCAGCCACACGGCCAACUACGGGUUCGGAGCCAGAUCCCCCCUCAUCGACCCUGGCGUGGCUGCGUUUGCCGACAGACGCGGUAGCGCCCCCUAUUAUGACAGUCAGAACCCAACACAGCCCUCACUGAAUCACUUCGGUAUUAAUUAUCAACUGCAGGCUCCAGCGAGCGAUCCCCGAGGAUCACACGAUAGCAUGUUUCAUGCUCCGGGCACCUAUACAGGUGGCGGCCAACGUGGCCCAACUGAUUUUAUGCUGAUUGACAGA